AUGGAUAGUAAGAUAAGAAAUCAUGCAACGAUCACUAUUUAACAAGAAGAUCAUACUAUUGGAAAUAUCAUUAGAAUGCAACUUUUGAAAGAUCCAAGAGUGAGAUUUUCAGGCUACAGAAAGCCUCAUCCAUUAGAAAAUAAAGUAGAAAUAAAGGUCUAAACUAAUGGAGAGAUUAAUCCUGCAACAGCUGUGGAAUAAGUUUGCACCAACACACAUGAACAUAUGGCUUUGAAUGCAUAUAGAAUGGACUAAAAUUAUUAAAAUUAGCAUGGAAGUACCUUAGGAAGGACAAUGGGAGGGCCAAGUUCUUAUAUGACUCAUGGAUAUUCACAAAUGUGA